CGUCACUUGCAAAGGGCACGAGCGCAUUACGUGAAUACUCGAAGUGCCUCCGCUUCAGGGGCUUCAAUCCCUCUUUUAUUCGGGGUUUGAACGGAAAACAGCGAGGAGCCCGGAGUCCAUGGGAACGUUACAUUUGAACAACCGGGAGUAUACUGAGGAAGUAACGUUAGAGUCAGGGACACGAGAGAAGCUGGAGACGCAGCGGACGUGAUUGCAUUGGACACACUUUCCACCUGUGUGCCUCUGUUUUUAUCUUCCAUGGAUGUGGCGGAUUGCUGAGCAGGAAGGAUGACGUCGGAGGCUGUGGUCUCCACAUCUCCUGCCAUAAGCAGCAGCAAACCUGCAAAGAGUGACUACUACUUCCUUCGCUCCUUUGUAGCCGGAGGUGUUGCAGGAUGCUGUGCCAAGUCUACCAUUGCUCCUCUGGACAGAAUCAAGAUUCUUCUUCAAGCCCAGAACCCUCAUUACAAACAUCUAGGAGUGUUUGCCACUCUCAAAGCUGUGCCACAGAAAGAAGGCUUCCUUGGCUUGUACAAGGGUAAUGGGGCAAUGAUGGUCAGAAUAUUUCCAUAUGGAGCCAUCCAGUUCAUGGCCUUUGACAAAUAUAAAAAGCUUCUAAGAAAACAGAUUGGGAUCUCUGGACACAUCCACCGCCUCUUGGCCGGAUCUAUGGCAGGGAUGACUGCGGUGAUAUUCACCUACCCUCUGGAUGUGAUCCGAGCUAGACUGGCCUUCCAGGUGACAGGAGAGCAUCGCUACACUGGAAUCGCCAAUGCCUUCCACACCAUCUACCUUAAGGAGGGGGGCGUCUCGGGCUUCUAUAGGGGACUUAUUCCAACUCUUAUUGGGAUGGCCCCUUAUGCAGGUUUCUCAUUCUUCACCUUCGGCACCCUGAAGAGCCUGGGCUUGAAACAUUUCCCGGAGAUGCUGGGACGACCGUCCUCAGACAACCCCGAUGUCUGCGUUCUGAAAACACACGUUAACCUGCUCUGCGGAGGGAUUGCCGGUGCCAUCGCUCAGGCAAUAUCGUACCCCUUGGAUGUGGCUAGGAGAAGAAUGCAGUUAGGAUCCAUACUUCCUGACUCUGAGAAAUGUGUAUCAUUGAGCAAGACCCUGGCGUACGUGUAUAACACGUACGGGAUCAAGAAGGGAUUGUACCGAGGCCUUUCUCUCAACUUCAUCCGCUGUAUCCCCUCCCAAGCGGUCGCCUUCACCACCUAUGAGUUCAUGAAGCAGACCCUCCAUCUAAACUAGUCUCUGUUAUUAAACCUUCCGAGUUGCACCUGGGCCCGUCCGCUCCGAGUCAUUAUGCAGAUCAACCUUAAUGCUUCCAUCGCAGAGUGAUCGGAGGCUCACUCCCGAUGUCUUAAAGUCUUUGAUGUGGGGAUAGCCUUUUCCUUGAGUUCAAUGAAGGCACCAGGGAGGUCAAUUCACUCUGGAAAAGCAAAGUGGAUAUCAGGCAGUCGCGGACUCGUUGUCUGUCCUAUUUCAUUACAUCUUACUUCCUCUUUUUGUGUGUAUGCCACCUUUUUAAAGAGAAGAUUUAACCAAACACACAACAUGUGGCCUGAAUUUGUGCAACUCCCUCAUCCGUGUGUGUGAAUCCAGAAGGUCAGCUGCUCGGUUGGUUAGAUGUUUUUAGAUGUGGUCAUUAACGACAACUUACUGAUUGUGUAGAAACCCCCUCAUGCACAUGUGUGUCCUCAUACUCUUAGUGGUUUUAAGAUGGACUCCAACUUAAAAUGAUCACAUUUGCAGUGUCUUUUUAAUCCGUUUCUUUACAAAGAAAGGAAGUCUGAAAUGCACCACCAUAAUGAUGCUCGGCUACUGAUGGAAUGUGGCUGGAGUUUUAAAUCUGAUGAUUAAUCAUAUUUAGUUUCCUCAGAGGUAGCGUGUCUUAAUAUUUAUGGUGUAGGUUUUGGGUGUCAUCUCUUUAGAAGAAGUUUGUUUGAGCGUCUUACCUAUCGUCCUCUACACAAAUCUAAAAUUAAUAUAAUUAACCUGCAGUUUGUGUUAAAUAUGCAGUGGCUGAUGUGGCACAUGAUUUCAAUUUCACAUUUUAGAUCAGUUUAGAUCUGGAGCAGUUUUUGUCCGUAUUUUCAAUUGUUUUUGUUAAUUUGUAAGACUAUUGUUGCAUGUCGAUUGAUUUAGAUACACUGUUUCUCAGCUGUGAUCAGAAAGAUAUUUGGAGUGUACGUUGUUAGUAUUUUAUCAUGAUAUGACAUCUGAAAGGGCAUGAAGGGACUCAUGAGAGAUUUGCACUUCAUCAAUGUAACUUCUUCAUUUAUUAAUGAAUGUAAUGGCCUGUUGCCACUGGGUGGCAGCAUUGCAUAUGCAUUGCAUUAUUUACCAUCAGAGCUGGACAACAUAUUCAUAUACACUUCUUAUACAUUUAUCUACAAAGCAAGUCACCACAUAGUGAGGAUAAUAUCUGCAGUGAUGUUAAACCAGUUCAGCUGAAACUCCUCAUGAGAGCUUCUGGGUGGCAUUUUGGAGUUAUUGUCCCACAAAUGCUCCACGCUAAUUACUGAAUGAGUGAUUCAUGUGUUUUAUUGGAGUUUCUUCUCAGGGUUUCAGUGGAUGCCUUUCCUUUUAGAUUGCUGUAUAUGAACGGGGGAGAACCUUUUUUUAUUUGUGUCAAAUGAAGCACUUCUUUGGACGAUCACAGUUUUCUUAUCGUAAAGUAUUUUUGUUUCUCUGUUUGUUAUAUUUGAAUAAUUGCUGGAGGCCCAAAGAGGUUAAUUUACCCAAUAUUAAAAGAAAAGAAACAUGUAUAGGAAAGUCCAAAUGCUAAAGGAAACAAUCCACUAAUUGUCCCUUCUAAAAAAAAAACCAAUCUGAACAAAACACUUUAUUAUUUAGCAUUACGAGGUGACUUCACAUUCAUUAUUACAUUUUUUUUAAACAGCUGCCGCGAUUUAGAUUACUUACCAAAUAGUUCACGGAGAAACCAAAAUGUUUCUUGUUGGAAAUUGCCCGGCCGUUCCAAACGGCUUGACGCCUUGUGUUUGCGUGAAGGUGCAGUUAAAGCAGCAUAUAAUUCUCCCAAAUCACCUUGGAAAGUGCCAGUAAAUGAGACUCCUCGAUGUAAGUCUUGAUUUCCAAGUAUCAGGAACAAGAAAUGAGCCACAGUGUCCAACACUAUCACAACUCUCACCGGUGUUAAGUGGCAGCUACCAUUUGGGGAAAUGAUAUAGUAUUCAGCAACCUUUCUGCAUUUUACCAUCCACUCAAUCAUCCACAGCACGGCUGUGCUUUCCUCCACUGCUCUUUGGAUUAAAAUAUUUGAUCUUUGACAGUUAAUGCUCGGGUUUUGUCACGUCCACAAAGAGCAGCUCUGUCCCUGCUGCUCACACUACCAGAUGAUUACGUAAUAGGAAUAUAUUUGUAUAUGUAAAUGCAGGUACUACUUAACAUGCUAUGUUUGAUGUGACAAAGAAAUAUAUACUUUUGAGAAAUGAUAUAACAAUGAUAAUGUUUUUAUUUUGUUGGUCUGUUUUGUGUUUAUCUGUUUACAUUUGUUCCAAUGCUUCUGUCUUUAUUUUGUCUCUGAGUGUGAACAUUUAACCCUUGUGUUGCCUUAGGGUCAUUUUGACCCGAAUCAAUAUUACACCCUCCCCCCGCCUUUGGGUCAUUUUGACCCGAUUCAAUGUUUCACCCUCCUGUUACCUUUAUAUUUACUAACAUAUUUUACCCUUUGGGUUCAAUUUGACGCCAGCAAUUAAAACCUCCAGAAAAUUAUUAGAAUUAAUAUUGUUUUCCAAGUUUAAGUGUGAGGCACUUUAUGUUUGUUUGUUGACUACCGAAAGAACACCGACAUUAAACAUUGAAUGGGGUCAAAAUGACCCUAAGGCAACACAAGGGUUAAAGGAUCUUGUCCAAUACUGUCGGACCUUUUUUCGAUGAGCAGUAGCUGACUCGGAUGUGUUUGAAUCCUUUUAAAGAGUUUUUGUCAUCAAACUUGAAGUUAAUUCCAUCUCCCACUUUGGGUUGCACACACACAGACCCCUGUUCUUUUUCCAGUUACAGUUUCAGCCGGACCACAGAUGCAUUUGCAUCACUGAAGCUGGAAAACACUACCUGUUGUUGUCCUGUGUCAUGUCACAAUUUGACUGGUAAAUGUGAAGUGUAAAAGAUGUGUACAUUCACAUGUUGCUCUUAUUUUCACAUCUCCAGUUUAACAGAGUAAAAACCGUGGAAUAAUC